UUUGACUGGAAUGAAUAUGAACAGAAUUAUGUCAUCGGCAGCUUUUACUGGGGAUAUAUUUUAACGGAACUCUUAGGUGGUCGACUUUCAGAAGUAAUUGGAGCACGGAAGGUGUUCGGCUACUCAAUGCUCUUUUCAUCUUUCAUCACGCUCUUGACUCCACUUUCAGCCAAAAUACAUCUCGCUGCUAUCGUUGUGUUACGGUUUCUGCUGGGAUUUCUUCUUGGUGUUUCGUGGCCUGCUAUGCAUCCCAUGGCGGCGCACUGGAUUCCUCCAAAUGAGCGGAGCAAGUUCAUUGCUAACAUGAUGGCGUCAUCACUGGGAGCAGCGAUCACACUCCCUGUUUGUGGAUUCAUCAUCGAUACAAUCGACUGGGAAGCAGUGUUCUAUGUCACUGGCCUCCUCGGAUUGGUCUGGUCUGCCUUCUGGUUCGGACUUGUUUAUGAUACUCCUGCUGUCCAUCCGCGCAUUAGCCCUGCAGAACGACAAUACAUCGAGGAGUCCAUCGGUCAGACGACGGUCUCUUCGGAAAAGGCAUUGAAAGUACCUUGGUUUCAAAUGCUGACAUCCCGCCAUGUAUGGGCAAUAAUUUUAGUUCAUGGAGCGAGUGUGUAUGGUUUCUUCACCAUCACCAACCAGCUUCCAACGUACAUGAAGAAUAUACUCAACGUUAACAUCAAGGAGAAUGGAUUAUUAUCAAGUCUCCCUUUUCUAGGAAAGUAUACCAUGGCAAUGACUACCAGUACUAUCGCAGAUUUUUUGAGAAAAAAAAAUAAAUUAAGUGUUACUGCCAUUAGAAAACUUUUCACUGGAUUAGCUGUGUUUCUACCAGGAGUUCUGAUGAUAGUCCAAGUCUACUUGGGUCAAGACCGAACUGCUGCCGUGACUAUAUUCACCCUUUCGCUCACUUUGAAUGGAGCUGUGACUGCUGGCUACCUUGGAAACGGUCUUGAUAUCGCACCCAACUUUUCAGGUACAAUAUUUGGUUUGGCGAAUACUAUGUCAUCCUUUGGCGGAUCUCUAUCAUCAUUCAUUGUUGGCACACUCACCAAUCACAAUCAAACGUAUGGCCAGUGGCAAAUUGUAUUUUGGAUGUUGGCCGGCACGUAUAUGGUCGGAGCGCUGAUUUUUGUGCUUUUUGGAACAGGGGAGCUGCAGCCAUGGAAUUCGCCUGAUGGAAUGACGAAACAGGAUAGUAAAGAAGUAAUCCCUCUUAAAAAAUCUAAAUCAGAAUCGUGACACUAUCAUUGAGGUUAAACACCCAAGUCGGAAAAUCUACUUAACUUUUUUUUUUAAUGUAUCAAAGGAACGUCAUUACAACGUUUUUUGCUUCAAUGUGGCAAGUCUGAGUGGGAAGAUAAAGUCUCUUUUUACAUUUUUGCAAGAAAUCUGUGAACACCAACCAAGAGGAUGAAAAAAAGUGUCUAGAAACUAAUUUUCUGAAUUUUAGUGGCACAAGUUAGUAUUGUGUAUUAUGCUCUGCAAGGGUGGAAAACUUGACUCAGAAAUUGCAUGUGUCGUAAUUGCAAAUAAGGCAACUUAAGGGAAGAAACGGAGUAUUGGUGAUAGUUUUAGAGGAAACUGUGGUAAUCAUUUGAAAACUUACAGCUAAGUUGAUAGACUAACUUCCUUGUUAAGCAGCUUGCGCCUGUGUACCUUGUGUGAAGCCCCGUAUGUAUGGAAAAAAGCGCACGAUAGAGGCAACACGGAGAGGGAAGGGGUACUUGUAAAAUUUUUGGAGAAAACUGAUGGUCAUGACAUAUAAAUAAGGAGAAAAUUGUGCAUUAAGACUAAUUUUCAGAUUUUUAGUGAUUCAAAACUUGCAAGACGCGCCUAAGGUCCUCGCAUGAAAUAGCACAAAAUAACCCUGUACCAUUGUAUCUGUCAACCAAUCAUUCAAUAUGUUCUUCAUAUUUUUCAAUUCUUUUUCUGUUCUUUACAAAGAUGUUACCUUCUUAAGUCAGCUUCCGAUUCUACAACUCAUGUUAAAAUCCCAAUGAGUCAAUUCAGCUCACUUUUUUCCCUCAAUAAGAUUUUUCUUGAAAGAAAGUCUGAAAAAGAUAUACACCCUCUAAAUACAAGACUUAUUUUUACUGCUGAAGAUACUUAAUUAUGAUCAAAGAUAUGAAAAUAAUGAUUUUGAAUCAGGUAUGCUGCCAGUGUGCCGAUAAAAACCAAUUAACUACAAGAUGGAUAAUAGCAUAAACCAAAAUUAAAUGGUCCCUCUUGCUGUUAUUCUUUCAAAAUUUUAUUUAAUCGUUAAAAUCCUCUUAUGGAGGUCUAUUCAUUAGUUUUUUUUUUAUGAAAAAAUAUUUCUGCAAUUUUUUCAAUUUUAUUUCAUCAGUUUUUAAAUGGAAUAAUCAAGUUGUUUAUACUCUGUUUCAUCCUUUUCACGUGGUUAAAUCUUCCAUUUACUCCGUUCAAUCUGAUGUAAAAGCGUAAAAGCUCCUGAAUUAUAGUUUUUGCAAUUCAAAUCAUCAUAGAUAAUAAUUAGAGAAUGUUUCAAUAAUUUGUCAAUUCUCAUUCAGCAGAGGUGUUUUAUCACAUCCAUUUGCAAAAACCAUGGCGAAUGUAUUUUGAUGUUAAGCUCUGUUUAGUAAGAAAACUAGAUGAAGGAGAUAUCAAGGCAGAGCUGAAAUAUAUUGAAAAAUAUAGGAAAGACAGUCUACAGGUGUAAUUAUUUAGAAGACUCUAGAUUUUUGACAUUGUGAAAUGCCGAAAAAUCCCUCAUUUUUCAAUGUGAGCAAAACUGGAUCAAGGGUCAGAGUCUCCUCUGAGAGACAUCUUAAAAUGAGAUCCUGGACAUCCGUCUUUUUCUAAUUUCCAAGGCUUUGCAAGAUCUCAUCUUCCAGGCAAUGGGUUGGCCGAUGGGUUCUACCUAAAGGCACAAACCUUCAAAAGCACAGAAGUACAAGAGACAACAAAAAUCUCGGAAAAAUUUAUGUACAAAAUUAUUUAGAAACAAAUUUUGGCAUGUUAUAUUUUUAUAAAUUAUACAAUUUUGAAUAAAAUUCAUUGUUAACAAAAUUA